CGGGUCGGCUUCUGUCUUCUGGAUUUAAUGUGUUUAAUGUGGAUCUAAAUUCUAAUACCUAGGUAACUAAUUGAUUAGAGAUUGUACUGAUUAUAUUAUUUUUCAGUCAAGAUAAUUCUUUAAAAUGACUGCAUUCGAGGAGUUUGGUGUCCUCCCUGAAAUAGGGAAGGCAAUUGAGGAAAUGGAUUGGACGUUACCGACAGAUGUUCAAGCAGAAGCAAUUCCUCUCAUAUUGGGUGGAGGAGAUGUUUUAAUGGCUGCAGAGACCGGUAGCGGAAAAACUGGUGCAUUUUGUUUGCCUAUAAUUCAAAUAGUGUGGGAAACACUGAAAGAUAUUCAAGAAGGGAAAACGAGUAAAAUUAUAACGCAAACGUCCACAGAAUGGACAAUGUCAUUUUUUGAUCGAACCGAAGCUUUAGCGGUUACUCCAGAUGGCUUGCGGUGCCAGUCGAGAGAUCAAAAUGGCUGGCAUGGCUGCAGAGCUACGAAAGGUGUUCACACAAAAGGCGCUUAUUAUUAUGAAACUACUGUUACCGAUGAAGGUCUAUGUCGAGUAGGCUGGUCAACUCAAGCGGCAAGACUAGAUUUAGGUACUGAUAGACUCGGAUUUGGAUUCGGUGGCACAGGCAAAAAGUCAAAUGCAAAACAAUUUGAUGAUUAUGGUAGUGCCUUUGGAAAAAACGAUGUAAUUGGUUGUAUGUUAAAUUUGAAUAAUGGUGAAAUACAAUACACUAAAAACGGAGAAUCAUUGGGGGUAGCCUUUAAGCUGGAUCAGUCUCGCAGGUCAGAUUGUUACUUCCCUGCUGUUGUAUUAAAGAAUGCCGAGAUGAGCUUUAAUUUUGGUGCAACACCAUUUAAGUACCCACCACCAAAAGAAUACAUAGCUAUUUGCCAAGCACCAAAGGAUUUUGUGAAAGUUAAUAUUGUGUCUGCUGGUGCAGCAACCGGAGCUACAAAACCAGUGAAUAAUGCACCACAAGCAAUUAUUAUUGAGCCUUCAAGAGAGUUAGCAGAGCAAACUUGCUCUCAAAUUACUUUAUUCAAAAAGCAUCUAGAUAAUCCUAAAAUUAGAGAACUUCUAGUGGUUGGUGGAAUAAAUGUUAAGGAUCAAAUAAAUCAAUUGAAUUCUGGUGUGGACAUUGUGGUGGGAACACCUGGGAGACUUGAGGAUCUUAUACAAGGAGGAUACCUAGCACUUACUCAUUGCCGUUUCUUCGUCCUGGAUGAAGCUGAUGGUUUGCUCAAGGCCGGAUGCGGGGAACUCAUUGAAAGGCUCCACAGACAAAUACCGAAGAUCACGUCAGAUGGUCGACGGUUACAGAUGGUUGUGUGUUCAGCUACUCUGCAUGCGUUUGAAGUUAAGAAAAUGGCGGAAAAAUUGAUGCACUUCCCCACUUGGGUUGAUUUGAAAGGCGAAGACGCAGUGCCUGAGACAGUUCAUCACGUGGUAGUUAAUGUCGACCCUCAGAAGGAUCGCGCGUGGCAAAAUCUUAGAAAACAAAUAAUGACGGAUGGUGUUCACGCGAAAGACAACAUUCACAGUGGAAACACGACGCCGGAAACACUGUCGGAGGCUGUGAAGAUCCUUAAAGGGGAAUACUGUGUAAGAGCUAUCCGGGAACAUAAAAUGGACAGAGCCCUACUUUUCUGUCGUACAAAAUUGGAUUGUGAUAACUUAGAGAAAUAUCUCAAAUCAUUUGGUAAUGAGUUUUCGUGUGUCUGUCUGCACGGAGAUCGAAAACCCGCGGAGAGAAAAUCUAACUUGGAGUUAUUCAAGAAGGGACAAGUGAAAUUCCUUAUUUGUACUGAUGUAGCCGCCAGGGGUAUUGAUAUCUCAGGAUUGCCGUUCAUGAUUAACGUAACACUACCGGACGAGAAGUCCAACUACGUGCACAGGAUCGGUCGAGUCGGGCGCGCGGAGAGAAUGGGGCUCGCUAUCAGCCUCGUAUCCACUGUGCCGGAGAAGGUUUGGUAUCACGGCGAGUGGUGUUCGUCCCGCGGCCGCAACUGCUACAACACGAGCCUGAUCGACGACCGUCCCAAGGGCUGUUGUAUGUGGUAUAAUGAACCGCAGUACUUGGCCGAUAUUGAGGAUCACCUGAACAUCACGAUACAACAGAUAGAGCCGGAUAUGAAGGUGCCGUGCAACGAGUUUGACGGUAAAGUUGUCUACGGUCAGAAGAGGCAACAAGUCGGCACUGGAUAUGUGGAUCACGUAAGUCAAAUGGCGCCCGUUGUGAGGUCCUUACAAGAUUUGGAGUCGCAAGCUCAGAUGUAUUAUUUAAAACUACACCAUAAUGUAGCAGUUGCUUAAUAACUUUUGUAUAGAUAAACCUCGUUUUUUCAAUAUUGCAUUAAAAAUGUAUAACAGCUAGCAGCAAGUGACUGAUGUAAUAUGUUUUAAUUUAUUAAUAAAAUGCAUUUAUACCAUAA